CUGACUUGUAUGAAUUUCAACCACAAACAAGUGUUUAUCAAGCUGUGCAAGUACAGAAAAUUAACUCUGGCCACAGAACCCAUAUAAAAACAUUAUAAUUUCUAUUUAUUUUACAUGUUCAAACAUUUGUUUUAAAAAUAUUUGUUUGUAAACAACACAAGAGUAGAAAGUUUUGCUUGUUGUUCUGCAAUCUCGUAAAAUAACUGUAUACUUUGUAGUAGUCAACAGAAGAAGAAAUGAGGUCACGUCACAGAAGAAGUGAAGAAGAAAGAGGUUGAUUUUGAUUUUUGAAGACAGAAGACAUGGAGUGAAAACAAAAAAUUGAAUUGUUUAUUUGAAAAUAAAAUAAAUUUUGAUUCUAGUAUGUCAAAUAGUAAUAAAAGAUCAACGCUUAUGUUAGAUUUAUCUAACGAAUACUAUGAAGACUCGUACGAUGAUCUUUUUCAAGAAAGAUUUAGCUCACAGCCCCAAAGGAAAAAAAGUUUUGAUGCUGAACAGACUAAUCAUAGCAGCCAGCCAAACAGAAACAGUAGUGGCUUAAUGCAUCCUCCAUCGAGCACAACAAAUUUAGCAAAUAACAGGUUAAGUAGGCUCAGACAUAGCUUACAAAAAGAUUUAGAGGUCAAGCAGCUAACUCCUUCACCACCAGCAAAAAAGAUUUAUGACCCUGUUACCAGUAAGGAUCCACCACAACUUUCAGAUCCAUUGUAUAUUCAGAGCCGUAAUGCAGGCCCAAAGGAAAGAUCGUUUGGAAGUUACAACAGUUCUCCAACAAGUUCUAUGUCACCACUAGGAAAGAAAUAUGUGUCGCCAUUACUCAGAGACGAUAUAAGUUACAAACGUCGUUCAAAUGAUGCUUCUGAUGAAGUACCAAAUAAAAAGAUGCUUCUUGAACCAAUGGUGAUAGGAAAAGUAAAGGAACCUUCUAGCUCAAUUUCUUCUGUUUCGAAAGUGUCGCAGAAUGAAAAGCCACAAAUAAGUAGACGUAUAAUAAAGUUAAGUAGACAUACUGUUCAGAAUAAUGCAUCUAAAGCUAAAGAAAGUAGCAGCAUUCCUAGAAAAACGCUUAUUUCACAAACCCAAAACACAGCCGACAGUUUUAAACCUAACCGUAUCCAUCGGACUUCUGAUAAUCAGAUUGCAACAAACAAAACAAGGAUAUAUCAUGAAGAAAUACCAACAGAUCAGAAAUUAUAUGAUCUGAAAACUAGAGAUCUACCACCAACACUGGAUAUUUCUGUCAAGAGUUCAAGUUGUAUUGCUGAUGUUAAAGAAUCCUAUCCUAAGCGUAGGAUAAUCAAAAGUCGAUCAAUUAAAGAUUCAUACAGCUCAACUCACGAUAGACUUGAUGUGGCACACAAAUCUCUUUCUGGGGUAAACAGUUCGAAUAUCCUGACUAAAUCUGACAGAAUCCCAAGUAUAGAUUCAUUUCAGUUACAGCAAUCUUGCGAAAGCGUAAACAGUUCUAGAGAUGGUUCAAUUGAUUCAAAAAGAUCUACAAAUCUAAAUUCUCCAUCAGAGAAAAGUGAAAUUUCCCGUCAAAAUACGAAUAGGCUAAAGAGAACUGGAGAAGCUUUGUCCAAUGCAGUAUACACUUCGGUUCAAAAUAGACUGCAUAAAUCCCAAAAAAUUACAUUCGAUGAUUGCAAUGACGAUUUGAAUAAGCCACUAAACAAUUCUCAGCCUUCGAGAAAAGUGUUCAAGUUACCUAAAUUGGGGAAUAAAGGCGCAAAAACUUCACCAGAUGCCUUGCUUAAUUCCGAUGUGGAAGAUCCGAAUAAGGAAAAACAGAAGAAAACAGAGUUGACUAAGAAUGAAACUAAUUCAGCAGGAAGUAGAUCAACAAUUGUCAGCCAAUUAAGUCAGAAGGAAACUAAGCGAAUAGAAGAAAUUAGAUCAAUAUUUUUUGAUCAAAAUAAGGACCAAAUUAACCCAACAGAAAGUAGAUCAACAUCUUUUGACGUGAUAGUAAAGGACGAACCUAAAUCGAUAGAAAGUAGUCCUAACAAGCAUGAGACCAAAGUGACUACUCCAUUACAAACAUUUUCAGUACAAAGUCGACUUACACGCAUCAAACAAUCUCCAUCAUCUUCUUCAAAUAAAGAUGUUAAUACGAAUUCAGUUCUAAGUGGAAUAUAUGAAAAGGAGAGUGGAUCUAAUGGAUAUUCUCUAAACACCGGGAAUAGAUUAAAUAAACAACAGGAACCUAAUGUUCAAAAUCGUGACCUACCUCCCAAUGACGCCAGGAACAAAUUGGGUAAACGACAAGAACCCAAUUUUCAAAAUCGUGAACUGUCUCCAAGUAAACGUAAAAUGGAUAGUGCUAAAGCAACUUCGCCGAAUGUAAAAAACUUCAAAGUCAAUAUAAAUACCUUGAAGAAUAGUAGAACUAUUUCAACAACAAGUAAGGUACAGAAACAGUUUAGUUCACCACCGAAGCAGGCUCAAAGUGUAUUUGAUAGGAUUGGGCACGCUAAAACGAGUCCCCUAAAUGUACAGGUGAGGCUGAAGAGAACUGCAUGUAAUAUAGACACAGAAAAUGAUCAAGGUUUUAAUAAGAAUAAUGCUUUUACUGAAGAGCCAGUGAAUUGUGUUCCUGCUGAGAAAACCCAAUUUAUCACUUCGUGGAUUAAGAGACAUCAUAAUCUUCCAGUUGAAGAAAUAGAUUCUGGUCUAGGUCAACUGGAUGACUCACCUGAUGAUAUGGAGUGGAGUAAUGCCGAAGCCGAAACAGAAGUACUAGAUCCUCAAGCGUUGGAUAUAGACAUGGACUUACCGAUGGGGUCAGAAGCGAAAUCUUUAAAGUCAGUUUCUGUAUCAGAGGCAGAGGAUAACAAAAACGAAAUUACCAAAGAAAAAGAGCCUUUUUUGUGCAUAGUUGUAGACACGAAUGUUUUCAUUUCAGAUUUGAUGAAAGUUUGGGAUAUUAUCGAAUUAAAAGUUUCAGGAUCAAUUAAGCCUCUCAUUUAUAUUCCGUGGAUAGUAAUAAUAGAAAUAGAUGACAUGAAAGACAGAACAGGUGAUAAUUCGUUGAAAAAUCGAGCUCUUAAUGCCAGUAAGUGCAUUAACGAUUUAUUAGAAGCAAAGGAACCUAGAGUUAAAGGUCAAACUGUGAGCGAAAUGUGUGACCAAGAACAUAUAGGACUCAGCCAAGACGAUAAAAUUAUUGGUGCAUGUUUGCAGGCGGUGGACAAGUAUGAAAUGGUGAUGUUACUAUCAAACGACAUCAACCUUAGAAAUAAAGCCAUGAUCAAUGGGAUACCAGCCGUUUCCGCCAACGGAAUUAUCAUGAAAAUUAUGUCGAAGAUUGCUAGGGAUUCAAAGUAUCCAGUAAUCAUGCAAAAGUUGGGCAUUUUGUGUUCAACAAUAAUUUGCGAAUUAGUCCAGGAAGCGUACGGUCACGUCUGGAUGCAGAUGGAUAUGCUAGCACAUCCUCCUUGGUCUUUCAUUGAGUGCCUGAAGCGAUUCAAGAAGUAUUGGACGGCAGUAUUCAAAGGAAAACUCAUGAAACAGUUCAUAAAGACUGUAGAUAAGCUGCUUGAGUUGUUCAAAUUUAAUAAAGAUUUCUGUGAUGAUUCGGAUGCUUACCAGGAUUUCGUAAGGUUUAGUCUCGACUUGUGCGUAUUCCUGCAAGAUCUGAACGAUUUCAGAUUGUCGGUCAAAAAGGUUAUCAAUGAAAUAACGAAAAUACAAUAGAAGCGCAGAUCAAGAAGUUGGUUAUAUUAGGUAAACUACGGUUGUAAAUUAUACAGAGUGAGUGGGGAGGAACGCACCAAACUUUAAGACUGGUAUAAUAUACGCAAAUAUAAUCAAAAAUAUCUCAUAUGUUGUUAUUCGAUUUUCAUUUGUUUCCGAGAUGUGGGGUGUUAAAAUUUUUCUUAUAAACUGACGAUCUAUGUAUUGCUCUAAAAUCGGCCGAGGUGUGCAAAUGAAAUUUGGUGGGUUUUAAGACGUAAUUGUUGCGCAUGUUUUGACACACAAUUAAGAAUUUUAUAUUCAUCAUUGGCGCACGUACGGGUAAUAGUCUGAAAUUUUUUAAAGACAAAAAAAUAGUGCGCCACUGGGAUAUUUAAAAUUAAAAAUUAUUUUUGAAUUCCCUGUUCAAUUUCUGACAAACAUUAUAUCUUCAUGUUUGUUCAUACGAAGCUUCGUUUUCAUGCAAAAAAUAAAAUAUAUUAACGCUUACAAAGUAUUCGAAAUAAGUUUCUACACAUUCAUAAUAAUUAAUAUGUUACACAGUAUGUCGCUGUAAGUUGUAUCCAUAUGGAAAACUUUUUUAUUAUUAAUUUUACGAAAAAAAAGUUAUUCUUCAUAAAAAGCUCUGCAUGGUCCAAAACCUAAGAUUUAUCCAUCAAAUAUCAAAUUUUUUUUAAUAUUAUACGAGGUAUGUCAAAUAGUUUGAAUUUCACUCAAGAGUAAAGUAGCUUUAUUUUUCACAAUAUUGAAAUUUGCUAUUAUGAAAAGUUGUUUGGAAUUAAAACUAUAUUCUAGCAUGCAAUUACAUCCUUCUAAUUUAAUUUUUUUUUAAAUUAUGAUAACUAACAUUAUAUAUAUAUAAUAUAGCUCAACAGGCCUUAAAGGCCCAUGGCUUGGAAUUUCUCCACGGUUUUUCUCCAUUUUCUCCUGUCCAUGGCCGCAGUUCUCCAAUUUGAUAUCCCGAUUGUUUGCAGAUCUUCCUUACAUGCUUCUAGCCACUUUUUCCUGGGUCGUCCUCUUCUCCUCUUUCCUUCCCCUCUCAGCAGCGAGUCCUUUGCCCACCUUGUCAGCCAUUCUCGCAAGAUGACCUAACCAAAUCAGUCUCUUUGUUCUGACCAUCUGGCUUAUUUCUGGUUCCCGGUACAGCUCUCUGAUCUCCGCAUUUGUUCGUCUCCUCCAAACGUCUUCAUCGUUUUUUACUCCCCCGAAUAUCUUCCUUAGAACACUCCGCUCCCAGAUGUUCAGCAUAUUUUCUUGGUUUUUGUUCAUGACCCAUGUUUCGCUCCCGUAAAGAACUGUGGGCUGGAUCACUGUUCUAUAGAGUCUUAAUUUUGCCUCUCUGGAGAUGUUUUUGGCUCUUAGUAGUUUGUGUAGGGCUCCGACUGUCUUUCUUCCUCUCGAGAUUCUUUUUUCAAUUUCCUGGCUUUCUUCCCCUUUACUUGUUAGCGUUACUCCUAGAUACUGAAACUCCGUCACCUUUUUGAAGCAAUACUCUUUAUUCUCGUUGUUUGUGGUAGUUUUCAGUUUUGUGUCUUCAUCUGAGGUCUGUCCCAUUUCCAUAUACUUUGUUUUUUGCUCAUUAAUUCUCAGUCCAUACUGCUUAGCCUUUACUUCAAAGAAUUUGAAAAUACUCGGCAGUUCCCUUUCCGUUCUUGCCAUUAGCACUACAUCGUCCGCAAAGGCCAGAACCUGGUUUCUGUUGUCAAAGAUCAUACCUUUCGUUCGUAUUCCACUCUCUCUCAAUAUCGCCUCCAACACGAAAUUGAAAAGUACUGUGGACAGCGGAUCUCCCUGCUUUAAUCCCCUUUUAACUUCAAAUUUUCCUGAUAGGCUUCCUUCUAUCCUUACUCUGUUGUCGGUCUUCACUAAGGUCAUUUUUACGAGUCUGAUCAUCUUUUCCGGAAUUCCAAGUACUCUUAGGGUCUGGUACAAACGCCUUCUUAUCACAGAAUCGUAAGCUUGUUUGAAAUCUAUAAAGAGGAGGUUUAACUUUAACUGUUGCUCGUAUGUACUGCUCUGAAUCAUUUUCAAUACGAAUAUUUGAUCUAUGGUGGAUCUGCCCUUUUUGAAUCCUCCCUGGUAUUCACCAACCUGCUCGUUUAAGUGCCUUUCCAGUCUGCUUCUUACGACUCUGGCUAGUACCUUAUAUGUUACGUCUAGGAGAGUGAUACCCCUAUAGUUUUCACACACUGCUCUAUCUCCCUUCUUAUGAAUGGGACAUACUAUGGCCUCUCUCCAUACUUCCGGCAUUUCCUCUCGCUUCCAGAUUUUCGUCAACAGGCUACAUAUUCGCGUUAUAAGUGCUUCUCCCCCAUGCUUGAUUAAUUCUGCAGUAAUACCAUUGCUGCCUGCACUUUUGUUGUUUUUCAUACUAUGUAUGAUUUCUCUUAUUUCUUCCCCGGUUGGAGUCUCUACUGUUCCCGCCGGGCCUCUGACUUCCUCUACCAUUUCCUCUUGUUCCUCAUCACUUCCAUCAGGUUCUUCAUUAAGUAGCUCUCUAAAAUGCUCCUCCCAUCUACUUAGCUUCCCCUGCUUAUCUCCUAUUAGGUGCCCUUCCUUGCUCUUGUAGUAGUUCUUGUUUUCUUGCACAUUGGUCACUGCUCCUUUUCGCCUCCUGGUAGAAGUUUCUUACAUUUUUAUUAAUAUAAUGCUCUUCAAUCUCUUGAAGCUUUUUAUUCAUAUGCUCCCUUUUCUUACUCCUACACACUUUUUUCGCGUUUCUUCUCGCCGCCUCAUAUUCAUUCCUGGUUUCUUCACUUGGUUUAUCCAUAUAUUUUAGUCUUGCCUCAUUCCGUGUGUUAAGACUUUUCUUGCAAUCGGUUUCAAACCAUUCUUUGUCGCUCCCCUUUUUAACUUGACCCAACCGCUUUUGAGCUGCUUCCUUCAUAGCGUCUUCUAUUAUUCCCCACUCCAUUUCAAUGUCACCUUGCCCUUCGCUCUGAAGUAGUUUUGCUGUCACGUCUAUCUGGAAGUUUUCGGCGGUUUCUUUUUUCUUUAGUUUGGCAACGUCAUAUUUUUUAUUUAUUAUUCUCUGUUCUCUGACCUUUGGGAUAGUUUCUCUUAAUUUCGUAAUCAUUAGUAUGUGAUCGGAAUCUGCGUCUGCUCCUUGGUAAGUUCUAAUAUCUGUUAUUAAUUUCGCCUGCUUACUCUCCACUAGGACGUGGUCGAUUUGGUUGGCAUAAUUCUCAAGUUGUUCUCUUGCGCAAAGCCUACCAGCAUCUUCCCAUUCUCGUUACUUUCGUCAUGUUUACUUUUACCUCCAGUAGUUUUUCGGUACAUAUCUUCAUUCCCCACUUUGGCAUUCAAAUCACCUAUUACAAUUUUAAUAUCAUAUUUUGGAAUUUGAUUAUAUUAUAUAAUUUCAAUAUUACCAUAGAAAUCCUGUUUUACAUUUUGGUCUUUAUUCUCUGAGGGAGCAUGCACAUUUAUUAGACUUAGUUUUCUAGUCUUCUAAAGUACCUUUAUAGUUCAGAAUAUUUCAAUUAGAAGGAUGUAAUUACAUACUGAAACAUAGUUUUUAAUUCUAAAUAACUUCAUAAUAACAAUUUUCGAUAUUGUAAAAAAUAUUCGUAUUUUACUCUUGAGCAAAAUUUAUAUUUUUUGACAUACCUCGUAUAAAAUUGAUAAAAUUGCACAUAAGAUGGUUGUAUUUUAGGUUUCAGACCAUGCAGAAUUUUUAUUAAGAAUCCCUUUUUUUCGUAAAAUUAAUAGUAAAAGAGUUAUCUAAAUUGAAAUAACUGAAAAUAAGGUUAGUUAUCAUAAUUAAAAAAAAAAAAAAACAAUUAGAAGGAUGUAAUUGCAUACUAGAAUAUAGUUUUUAAUUCCAAUCAACUUUUCAUAAUAGCAAUUUUCAAUAUUGUGAAAAAUAAAGCUACUUUACUCUUGAGUGAAAUUCAAACUUUUUGAUAUACCUCGUAUAAUAUUAAAAAAUUUUGAUAUUUCAUGGUUAAACCUUAGGUUUUGGACCAUGCAGAGCUUUUUAUGAAGAAUAACUUUUUUUCGUAAAAUUAAUAAUAAAAAGUUUUCCAUAUGGAUACAACUUACAGGGACAUACUGUAUAUUAUAUAGAAACUUCGUCAAAAACUUUGUAAGCGUUAAGAUUUUUUAUUUUUUGCGUGAAAAAAAGGGAAGAUAGAUUUUUUGUCACGAAUUGAACGAGGAAUCCAGGAAAGAUUUUUAAUUUGAAAUAUUUCAGUGGCGUACCAUUUUUAUCUUAAAAAAAUUACAGACUAUUACACGCACGCCCGCCAAUGGUGAAUAUAAAAUUCUUAAUUAUGUGUCACAACAUGCGUAAUAACUACGUCUUAAAACCCACCAAAUUUUAUUUGCACACCUCAACCGGUUUUAUAGCAAUAAAUAAAUCGUCAGUUUGUAAGAAAACACCCCGUAUCUCGGAAACAAAUGAAUGGGUUAUUUUUGAUUAUUUUUACAGUCUUAAAGUUUGGUGCGUUCCUCCCCACUCACCCUGUAUUUAUCAUAUUUCCUACGUUAUUUUUGUAAAAGUUUUAAGGUAGUUAAGUAAAAAUAAAUAUUGCUAAAUUUU